UCCGGUGUUUUUAGUACGGCGGACGAAGACGUUCCCGCUAAAUCCCCUUUUCAAAGAGCUCAGGAGAGUAUUGAAAAAAAAUUUAACGAAGCAUCACAAAGAGCUCAAGAAAGAGCUUUAAAGAAACUUGCCCCUGCUCCAGGUUGGAAACCGUUUGGGACACCGGCAAAAAGGCGAUUAGAUGGGAAAGACUGGUAAGAGACAGGUUCGCAGAAAAAGACCGCAAAAAAAAAGAAAGCGCAGACAGCGCGGGGCUGCGUUGGAUAUUCAGAGGCUUAUUGAAAAAACAGGCAAAGAGUUUCAUUGGCCUAAAAUGAAUUAUCUUGGUCCAGGGACUCAGCUUCAAAAAAGACUAAGGAGAGGCGAUCAAGGAGUGAACAGAUUAGAUGGAUUAGCAAAAAUCCAUGACAUCGAUUAUUCCAAAGUGAAAAAUUUACAGGACAAGUGGAAAGCGGACGAUAAAAUGAUUCGUGCUAUUUCAAAGCUCCCAGGCAAGAAAACCAUGCAAGAACGGAUUGUUAAAAAGAUCAUGCAAACAAAACGCAAACUUAAGCUGUAA